CGAGCGAGCGAGAGAGAGAGAGAGAGAGAGAGAGAGAGAGAGAGAGAGAGAGAGAGAGAGUUUCGUUGCAUUUGGCGUAUGAUAAAGAGCGUGGCCACCUCUUUUUUCCUCCUCCUCCUCCAGCUCUAGUUUCCCUCCUUCUCGUCUGCCCCCUCGCGGUUACGAAUGCUUAUCGUAACGCGUAAUCGCCGUGAAGCGGAAUGGGGAAGCAGAUUUCACGCGUCCGCCGCACUCGGCCGCGAGGAAGUGCAGCCGACGGACGUAUGGUCCGUUCGAAACGGCAUCGUCGUCGUCGUCGUCGUCGUCGCCCUCCUCACUCCUUCCGAAUGGAGCACGCGUGCACGUGUGCGAUCAAAACCGCAAACACGCCAAUCCCGCUACUCCACCCUCCUUACGAACGGUUCCCGUUCGGAAAGAGAAGUGAAUCGUAAUUAAUAAGCCGCGAAUUCCGCGAAAAAAAGAGCUGUAAAAAGAGGCGAGAACUUCGCCGUGUGUGACACGUUCAAAAUUUGACGGUGCAAAGUGCACCGACGAGGCGAUCGCUCGCGGCGAUUCCUGCGCGGAGUAGAACUAAUUUUUUUUCCAACUUCGUUGUUAUGCCUUGUUGCGACAACGCCGGUUGCAAUCAGUUGCCGGUCACACGUGCGAGAGGGAUGUUCUUCGACGGCGAACGAUGGCGAGGCCUGUUCAUCUAAAGGCAGCGGAUUACAUUUCGCGGAAGUGCCUGCGCUUCCUAGGAUUAAGGAUGUCGAAGCGGCUGAGCUUUUACGGUCUGGUAGCCCUGGCGUCCAUCUGCAUCUUCUUCCUAGCGUUCAACCAGCGUUACAGCAACUAUCUCGAGCACCGGCUGCAGCCGAUGAUAUCGGAUGUUGAGAUAAGGCCGCGGACCACCAAAAUCCAAGAGCCCGUAACAAUAAGCCAGGCGUACAUUACGGGAUCUGCAGAAAAUGCCACGAUCACUGAAAUUCAGGAGGUCAUCGAUCAACAGAGGAGGGCGAUCAAAAAGGACAUGGAAAAUUAUGAAUAUCCAAAUGGAAGAUAUGAAAUAAAUGUGAGCAAACUUGAAGAUCUAGUGAUGGAGAAGGGCGGUAGACCAAUGAGAAGCAUAAUUCUGACGAGUUGGAGAAGUGGCAGCACGUUUCUCGGCGAUGUAGUGAAUGCGCAUCCGGCCAAUUUUUAUCAUUACGAACCAUUGCUCGACUAUGGAAUUGUGCAAAUCCGAGACCCGCCGCUAGCCGACGAAUCCUUGACAAGGAUUAUCUCGCUAUUGAAUUGUGAAUACAAAGAGCUCGAUCGGUACCUGGAUUAUGGGAAGACUCAUCCUUGGGUAUUCAAUCACAACACGCACUUAUGGCGACAAUGUCAAGCACACAAACGCAUUUGCUGGGAUCCACGUUUUGUCUCCAAAUUUUGUCGACUUUUUCCGUUCCAAUCGAUGAAGCUUGUACGAUUGAGGUUACAUGUGGCAGAGAGUCUUUUGGCCGAGGAAGAUUUAGGUAUACGACUAGUUCUACUCGUCCGAGAUCCCAGGGGCAUUCUGCAAUCCAGAAAACACAGAGAAUGGUGUCCCGCUAAACCCGACUGCUCCGAUCCGGCUUUGGUCUGUGCCGACAUGGUAUCGGAUUUCAACGCAGCGGUAGAACUGUCGAAAAAAUAUCCACGUUCUUUCAGGGUAGUGCGUUACGAGGACCUAUCUGUGGAUCCCUACAGACACGUGAAAGAGCUUUACAAUUUUUACGGCUUGAAUUUUCACGUGAACGUCAAGAGAUUUCUGGACACGCACACAAAGAACGACGUGGGUGGAGUAUCGAGCACCUUCCGCAAUUCUAAGGUUGCGCCAUUUCACUGGCGAGCCGAUCUAGAUUUUGAGGAGGUUCAGGAGAUACAGAAGGUAUGUGCGACCGCCAUGCGAUUAUGGGGAUACGUGAUGGCCUUAAAUUCCACUCACCAAAAAGACUUCGAUCCUAUCACAAAUUACCGGCUUCAAUUAUGACAGCUGGCAGACGACAUGCUCAAUGUAGAUAUGAUGUACAGUAUAUCGGUAUAGUGACACGGCAGUGCGGUCGAAAGUGCCGUAAUUCAUAUAUAUAUAUAUAUAUAUAUAUAUAUAUAUAUAUAUAUUCAGCGAAAGGUGCUAGUACGGUCACUCAGGAAGGUAGCCACGUAACGGGAAUAAAUGCAGUUUUAUUCAAACCAGGAAAUUUGCAGAAUGCCGAAUUUUUAACUUUAUGACACCGGUAACAAGGCUACUUCUUUAAAAGAAGACACAGACGGAUAUAUUUGUGACUUUUAUAUGAUUACAAACAUGAUCUAAACCACAGGCUGUUAAAUUCCUGAGAGCUUGACAUGCGACACAAAUUAUGUCUAACCAUAUCGACAAAAACGUUGCAGAUGCACUCCAAACGUUUCUAAAUAUUGUGAAUUUCUCGAGAGAAAGAAAAGGUAUUUUGUGUCUAAUGUAUAUAUUAUAUUCAUUAAUAUUAAUUAUAAUUAUAGGUAGUUUAUAAAGAGAUUUGUAAUGAUCAUCGGAUCUCAUCAUAUUAUCUUUUUACGUCUUCAAGUAUUCUACACAUAUAAGAUAAAAUUUUUAUAUCGACCACGGAAGACAAGGUGCACCUACUUCUCUCCCCUAUUCUUGGAUUCAUACAAAUUUAUCGUUAAAAACAAGAGGCGACUAAAUUUUAUUUUUUAUCUUAUUGAUUGAUCAAGAUACAUAAUAUUACUACAUUACGAACGUAGAAAUAUAUUCACAUACAAAACAAAGAACGUUUGUCAAAUAUGGAAUAUAUUAUGUCUAAUGAUAGAUUUUAUAUCCAUCGAAGGAAAACUUGAAUCUCGUAACGUUGGGGUCGUGUCUUGCAAUUGGUAGUGUGUUGAGAAUACAUAUUUAUUUCCUGCGUUUGACGGAAAAUUUCCACCGAUAUUUAAUGUGAUUCACGAAAGGAACAAGGUACGAGCAUGAUAUCAAUUAGCUCGUUUAUGCUAUGGAACACUCGAUCUUAUCUCUUGCUCAUGUAGUGACGUCCGGUCCGAAGAAACAGUCGGGUGGUGUAUGUCAAGGACAAGAAUACACGAGUUUCCAUUUCACCGGCCUUUGAUGCAUGGCCGACGACGAAUUAUAAGAAUUAUAGACGCGACCAACUUGCCCGCGAAUGCGCGUGAUUUUUAUAAUGUACGACAUGGUCGUAAUAGAACUGCACACUUUAGAUAGAAGUAUUACUGUAAGCUGUUUAUUGGCGAUUUAGAGUAAGAAUAAGAAUACUUUUUUGAGACUUUACACGCUACAUAUUGAUUAUCCUGGAACAGCUUGACCUGACUGGCGCACUGUUAUGUAUUAUAGUGUAAUUAUGUUAUACAUUAUACUUACGAUUGUAUUCCUCUCGCGUCCUUGUGUUAUGCACCGAGCGCCAGAUUACCAUCAGCUCUCUGUAUGUGAUCAAUCGAAUCUUACCACGCGUUCACUUAAAAUCUAUAAGCGUAUUUUGUGUUAUUAAAUAUUAUAUAUAAUAGAGUUUGGAUGUUGGGAAACCGAGAUAUUAUGGCUUUGUACGCCUCCCUUUCGUUUUAUUGGAUGACAAUUAACUAUGCAAAAUGCGGAUCCCAAUUAUUUACGUUGUUUCAUUGUCACUUUCGGAUGACACAAAGAUCAACAAAAUGAAUGUGAUGUUUCUCGUACGUACGGAUGAGAUUUUACGUGAUAGCGUUACAUACAACAUUGCCGAGUCACUCGAAAUACUCGGAUUACUAAUACAAAUUCGAUAACAUCUUCGUGUAAUUUUAUGCCGUUAUCAUGUACUAUUUCUCGCGGAAUGGGUAUCUAGUCCAAGAGGAACACUCAUUACUUCGUAUUUUGUACUCUAGAUGUAAAGGUUCUCCAAUAAAAGAAACACAUUUGUAUGAAA